AUGUUCUGCCUUGUUACGGUUAGUUGUAACAAGAUCCAGAUACCAUGGCCACCCAAAGUGGACUAUUCCAUCCAAAAAAUUGAUCAUUUUUCAUUCGACACAAAAAGUGAAACAUUCCGCCUACGUUUUCUGUAUAAAGAUUAUCGCUACAAGGGAUAUGGGCCUAUUUUUUUCUAUUGUGGCAAUGAGGGUUCUAUUGAGAAUUUCUGGAAUAAUACCGGAUUUAUGUUCGAACUGGCCGAAACAAUGCAUGCCCUAGUCAUAUUCGCCGAGCAUCGCUACUACGGCCAAAGUUUACCGUUCUCUGACUCAUUCACGCAACCAAAUAUCAAAUAUUUGUCUGUAGAACAGGCGCUAGCUGACUUCGCUUAUCUGAUCACAGAGGUGAAACAACGCUUCAAUGCGGUUCAAGCUCCGGUGAUUGCUUUUGGUGGCAGUUACGGUGGAAUGCUGGCUGCCUAUAUGCGCCUACGAUAUCCCCAUUUGGUCACGGGCGCACUGGCCGCAAGCGCACCCAUGUACUGGGUGUCCGGACUCAGAAGAUUUCACGGCUUUUUUGAAGCAGUCACGAGGGAUUACUAUUGGACAAAUCCAAAGUGUGUGGCCUUAUUUAAGGAAUCUUAUCGUAAAAUGGAAGAGCUGGCCGCAGAAGAGAAUGGUCUAAAGAAACUCUCGGAAGAACUCCGUUUGUGCGAAUCGAUGAAAACUAAGGAAGACUAUGAGUGGAUGCUCAAGUGGUCCCGUAAUGCGUUUGUCAUGAUGACUAUGAUGGAUUAUCCGACCGAAGCAUCGUUCAUGGGUGAUUUGCCAGCCUAUCCGGUGAAUGUCUCUUGUCAGGCAGCUCUCGCGGCGAAAGAUCCCAUUUCCGGCAUCCGAGAUGCUGUCGGUGUUUUCUACAACAGUUCCCAACAGAUGAAUUUGCAUGAUGAUUCACCACCGACAAAAUUUGACAUGUUUCCCGCGUUACCAUUGACGAAAGAACAAGUAACUGAUUAUUGUCAACGGCGCUGGAAGGUGAUGCCGGCGUUUCAACAAUUGGCUACGUAUUUCGGUCCAGACGUUUGGAAAUACACGAGCAACAUUAUCUUCUCCAAUGGAAACUUGGACCCAUGGGCUGACGGAGGAAUUGGGAUGGACAGAUCUGAUUCGGUUGUUGCUCUCAGAAUUCACGGUGGGGCACACCAUUUGGAUUUACGACUCUCUGACCCAAAUGAUCCCCCGUCGGUGCGUGAAAUUCGCGAAGCCGAACGCCGUCUGAUAAAACGUUGGAUAAAAGAAGUUUGA